UAUUUUUACACAGUUUCAUUCUGAGCAGCGAUGGCACUGUGGAGGACAUUGAGUGUAGUGCUGAUAAUCACACUUCUAACACAAGGGAUCCAUGGAAGCUUCAAUGCAUCCACACCUGGCAUCAUUACUACUACUACUUUUACCACUACAAAAAUGACUACUACUCCCACUGUAGAUCAAUCUCUGUUAUUUGUGGGGAACCUACUACCAGUCAAUGCAACCACUUCUACUACUACUUCAAGCCCUACUACUGCUCAUUCUACAACCACUACACUCACUUCAAUCCCUACAACGAUCAGUUCUCCCACGGCUUUACUCAAUGCAACCACUUCUACUACUACAUCAAGCCCUACUACUGCUCAUUCUACAACCACUACACUCACUUCAAUCCCUACAACGAUCAGUUCUUCCACUGCUUCACUCAAUGCAACCACUUCUACUACUACUUCAAGCCCUACUACUGCUCAUUCUACAACCACUACACUCACUUCAAUCCCUACAACAAUCAGUUCUUCCACUGCUUCACUCAAUGCAACCACUUCCACUACUACUUCAAGCCCUACUACUGCUCAUUCUACAACCACUACACUCACUUCAAUCCCUACAACGAUCAGUUCUUCCACUGCUUCACCUCCAGCAUGUGGCAUUGCCAGUUUGAAUUACUAUAGAGGAGGGGAAAAGUCUUUGGCAUCUGAGGGUGCGUGGCCAUGGAUGGCCAGCCUGCAACGUAACGGAACUCAUGUCUGUGGGGGGACGUUGGUGUCUGAGAAGCAUGUCUUGAGCUCGGCGGACUGCUUCUCUAGCUCCCCCAAUGCUUCUGACUGGACCGUUGUCCUGGGCAGCCACAAACAGAACGGCUCCAAUCCCAACAGUGUCUCAAUCAGCGUGAGGAACAUCACAUUGAGCAAAGAGUCAGAGAAUAAUAUAGCAGUGCUGGAAUUGUCUCAGAAACCUCCACUAUCAGACUACAUUCAGCCCAUAUGUAUAGAAACACCCAACUUAAACAUCAGCACUCAAUGCUGGGCAUCUGGCUGGGGAUCUGGAGGAGGAGUUGAGCAAGCUCUUCAGCAUUUCAACACUUCUAUAAUGGACUGUGGGAGCGCAUCUUCAUCUAACAGCAGCAUCUGCACUGGAAUCAUGCCCUUAGAACAGAGUCAUAAAGGAGGUCCUCUGAUGUGUAAGAUUGGACAGUCUUGGUUCCAUGUUGCAGCUUUGUCUCUGCUUAGUAACAACACCGUGACGACUCGUGCUUCAACGGAUGUCCACGUCUUCACUAAAACCUCACACUUUGCAAGCUUCCUGAAGACCAUACUGAACUCCAAUGCACCCGUCUCAUCCUCUUUGGUCACAGCCGUCCCAUCCUCUUUGGUCACAUCUGUCCUACUACUUGUUCUUCUUUCUUUCCACCAUUACACUUAACUCUAUAUGGCUAAAACUUUAUUUCACUCCCAUGAGAAAUGAGAAUAAUCAUAUUAAUGCAGAAAUUGCAGUUGUAACAAAGACAUACAGUAUUAACAGUGCUUGGGGUAUUACUGACUUACUAAAAGGUGACUGCACUGAUCAACUAGCCAGUAGUGUGAAUGAUUUUUUGGCAAACUUCAGGCUCUCCUAUAGUUUCUGCUCUCUGAUGUAUUCAGUAGUACAGUUUGUUAGUUACCAAAUGUUUAAUUAUCAUGGGAUUAAAGGGUGAUGUUCACUAUUAGGACAAAGUUCUGUAUGUACCAGCUUGUUAAAUUUAAUAUUCAUUUCAUUACAUCCUGAUAUUUAAAGUUUUCUGGAAAAGUUUAAUCAUAUAACAUUGAUGUUCUACACAGAGGUUUUGACCAUUAAAUCAAAUAAAUGUUUAAUAUUUUUG